UGCUUCGCGGUGACGUCACUUCCUUUCACGUUUUGUGCAGCUCCGGUGCGGUCGGGGCUCCGCAUUGAGCCGUCGAUAUGCGUAUCGAGAAAUGUUAUUUUUGCUCGGCGCCCAUAUACCCGGGGCACGGGAUGAUGUUUGUGAGGAACGACUGUAAGGUUUUCAGGUUCUGCCGCUCAAAAUGUCACAAGAACUUCAAGAAGAAGCGUAAUCCCAGAAAGAUCAGGUGGACCAAAGCCUUCAGAAAGGGGGCUGGUAAAGAGUUGACAGUGGAUAAUUCAUUUGAGUUUGAAAAACGAAGAAAUGAACCAGUUAAAUACCAGAGAGAGCUGUGGAGCAAGACUGUUGAGGCUAUGAAGAGAGUUGAAGAGAUCAAGCAGAAGCGACAGGCCCGAUUUAUCAUGAACAGACUAAAAAAGGGCAAGGAGUUGGAGAAAGCUCAGGAUAUCAAAGAAGUCAAACAGAACAUACAUCUCAUCCGGGCUCCACAUGCUGGAAAAGAAAAAAAGUUGGAAGACAAAAUGGUUCAGAAGUUACAAGAGGAUGUGGAUAUGGAGGAGGUCUCUUAGUAAUGGAUGGCAUCACCAUUGUGACAGUGUUGCAAUAUACGCUUCAAUAUAAAAAGAUUUUUACAGCACUAUGGACUGUAGCACAAGUUUCACAUCUGAAGAUCAUAGCGCGAGACUGUGUUCAUACUGUCAGUCUGACAAAUAAAAUUUUAGUUCCUCAUGAA